CAUGUCAACACGAGGGCGGGGCUUGGAGGUAAAAGGCACCACGGUGCCGUCGCUGCCACCAAAUUACUCAGAACUGCUGGCAAACUUACACGUGGGACAGCGGUCAAUUUUUAUUUUCUAUCCGCCUUUACAUAUUAAGUAACUUUAUCAAAUACAAGAGAACAGUUCAACACUCUUGAAGGCGAGCGGGGCGAAAUACGAAAGCGGAAGAAGUUGUCCUUAGCUCAGCUGUUAGCAGCAGCGAGGCUGGCAGCUCCUCCUGAUGUCAAAGCCCGGACCUCCUCGAGAUUACGCUGCGUGAACGAGAGCUCCCUGCGAGGAUCCUCCCGUUGAGACGUCGGCAGGAAGGAUUACUUCACCGGGAGCGGUGACGGGACUGAACUGACUCAGCUUGCCUGGAGAGGGAGCUCAGUCUGAGAUGAGGAGCAGCUUUCCAUUCUGGCUUUCUGCGAAAUGAUGGUGGAGCCGACACACUGCCACAGCGUUUAAAGAGGACGCCCUCCAAGCCGGUUUUACAAGGAGUGUCAGCCCUUUUCUUUGCCAAGUAUCGUCCAUGAAGACUGCAGAAAUGCUGACCGAAAGCAGGAAACGACACCGCAGCUGUGAGGGCGAGGAAGACCCAAAGCUGAGACCUCAGGCCAAGAGGUCAGGAAGGGGUCCCUGCCUGCUUGUGUCGGAUGUGGACUCUGAGUCCUCCAGCUGUGACAGUACUAAUGGGAUCUGUAGUCCAGAGAGAGCAAUAGAAGCCAGCACCAGGCCUUGCAUACACAGUCAGAGCAACUGCACCAGCCCGAAGCCUGAGGAAUCUGCCAGCUCCUCUCAGCAUGGUCUCCAUGGCGACGGGAGAAGUGUCUCUUAUGACUACAUUAACAGAGUCUUGAGGGAGGCACACUUCAGCAGUUUACAGACCAGAGGGCGUCCUGGCUCGACAUGACUGUGACCCGUGACCCCUCUCCUGACCUUUAGCGCGUCAUCCAUCUGUGCCGACACAACCGGCAUGAUUGCUCUUCCCUGAAAGCCUCAAGUGACACCAUCGAGGUCGGGUGCAGGGGAUCAUGUGUGGGGAGGUUUACAGAUUUUGGGCGCUUGUGGCGCAUCCCCACCUCACCGUGUAUCAUUUGUUGAGACCAUAAGCACAUCCGCCUUUCCAUGGCCCAGCCACUGUGGUUUUCUGUGCAGUAUUGAUGUGUAUGUGUGUACAUGCCCUGUGCACUUUAUUAAGAGGUAUCGUUCUCUUUACAUGUGUGCGUUGAUGCGUGGACAUUUUCAUUGGUGCUACUAAGAAAGGUGUGAUAAUCUAGAGUGCUUGCAAAGUUCAAUAAAGUUAAGCACUUUACUCAAUAAUUCCUUCUUGACUGGGAAAGUCAGUCACAUGUUUGUGGGAAGUGCAACAAUCUCCUUUAAAAGUAAUUUGAUGGAAGCAAAUGGAUUCUCUCCUAAGGACCAUUAUUAAAACAAUCCCCUUUAAGAACA